CAGGGAGUGCAGAGGCCUCCACUAGGACGCUGCGGGUAGUGAGACCGGCCCUGCGCGGAGCAGCUAUACCAGCACCAGCACGGUUAAGUGCAGCGACUCCCGCGCUCUAGGCAGCCCCGGCGUCCCCGCCUCGCGCCCGCCAUGCCGGAACAGCUCAGUGUCGCGGAGUUCCUGGCCGUCACCGCGGAGGACCUCAGUUCCCCAGCCGGGGCAGCUGCCUUCGCAGCCAAGAUGCCCCGGUGCCGCGGGGCGGCGCUGGCACGGGAGGAGGUCCUGGAAGGAGACCAAGCUAUCUUACAGAGGAUCAAGAAGGCUGUUCGAGCUAUCCACAGCUCGGGCCUCGGCCAUGUGGAGACUGAGGAACAUUACCGAGAGGCUGUGGAGGCCUUGGGAAAUAGUCAUUUGUCCCAGAACAGUCAUGAGCUGUCCACUGGCUUCCUAAACCUGGCCGUAUUCACCCGUGAGGUAGCUGCCCUCUUCAAGAAUCUGGUUCAGAACCUGAACAACAUCGUCUCCUUCCCGCUGGACAGUCUGAUGAAGGGGCAUCUAAGGGAUGGGCGACACGAUUCCAAAAAGCACCUGGAGAAGGCAUGGAAAGACUACGAAACCAAAGUGGCCAAGCUGGAGAAGGAGAGAGAUCGAGCCAGGUUCCCAGGAGGAAGCCACCAUGGGGUGAUAUCCCAGGACACACAGCGAGAGCGACGAGUCUUCCAGCUGCACAUGUGUGAGUACCUUGUCAAAGCUGGAGAGAGUCAGGUGAAGCAAGGCCCAGACUUCCUGCAGAGCCUCAUCAAGUUCUUCCAUGCCCAGCACAACUUCUUCCAAGAUGGCUGGAAGGCAGCUCAGAGCCUGUCCCCCUUCAUCGACAAGCUGGCAGCCUCAGUCCACGGGCUUCGGCAAGCCCAGGAGGAGGAACUGCACAAGCUCACACAACUGCGGGACUCCCUCCGAGGGAUGCUGCAUCUGGACAGCAGGGAGGAGCACCCAAACCGGAAGAACUCCGGGGGCGGCUACAGCAUCCACCAGCACCAAGGCAACAAGCAGUUUGGGACUGAGAAGGUGGGCUUCCUGUACAAGAAAAGUGAUGGGAUUCGAAGAGUCUGGCAGAAGAGGAAGUGUGGAGUGAAGUAUGGCUGCCUGACCAUCUCACACAGCAUGAUCAACAGGCCCCCAGUGAAGCUGGCCUUACUGACGUGCCAAGUGAGGCCAAACCCUGAGGAGAAAAGGUGCUUCGACCUGGUGACCCACAACCGCACCUACCACUUCCACGCAGAGGAUGAGCAGGAGUGUGAGGCAUGGGUGUCUGUGCUGCAGAAUAGCAAGGACGAAGCCCUGAGCAGCGCCUUUCACGGGGAGCCCAGUGGCGGCCAGUGGUCUUGGGGCACCAGACUGGAUACGGAGCCCCACGACCUAACCAACAUGCUCGUCGCUGAGGUCAAGAGCAGGCCAGGGAACGGCCAUUGCUGCGACUGUGGGGCUGCAGACCCCACGUGGCUCAGCACCAACCUGGGCGUGCUCACCUGCAUCCAGUGCUCCGGCGUCCACCGGGAGCUGGGCGUGCGCUUCUCCCGCAUACAAUCACUCACCUUGGACCUCCUGGGCCCCUCGGAGCUGCUGCUGGCUUUGAACAUCGGAAACUCCCACUUCAAUGAAGUCAUGGAGGCCCACCUGCCUUCCCACGGCAGCCCUAAACCCUCUGCUGAGAGUGACAUGAGCAGCCGCAGGAACUACAUUGUAGCCAAGUAUAUAGAACAUAAGUUUGCACGCAGUUCCACUCCUGAUCCCCAAAAGCUACGGACAGCCAUCUGCAGCGGGGACCUCCUGUCGGUCCUGGAGGCCUUUGCCAAUGGGCAGGACUUUGGACAGCUGCUGCCAGGGCCUGAUGGGCAGGCACCUGGAGAGCUCGCCCUGCACUUGGCCAUCAGAGUCGCCAGCCAGGCUUCCCUGCCGCUAGUGGACUUCCUCAUCCAGAAUGGUGGCCACUUGGAUGCCAAGGCUGCAGACGGAAACACCGCCCUGCACUGCGCCGCGCUCCACGGCCAGCUGGACUGUCUCAAGCUGCUGCUGAAGGGGAGAGCUCCCGUGGGCGCAGUAAAUGACGCUGGAGAGACAGCCCUGGACAUAGCCAGGAACAGACAGCACAAGGAAUGUGAAGAGCUGCUGGAGCAGGCACAAGCAGGGACACUGGCUUUCCCUCUCCAUGUGGACUACCACUGGGGCCAUUCCAUGGAGCACGGCUUUGACAGUGAAGAGGAAGAGGAAGAAAAGGUGGCCCUGUCUCCGCAGCACUGCCCCGUGAAGCCCCCAGCACAGGCCUGCUGGGGCAGUGGGAGGCUGGACAUCAGCAACAAAACCUAUGAGGCCGUUGCCAACCGGGGACCAGCCACCACCGCGCAGAGCCAAAGUGAGGACAGCCCCCCACCCCUGCCCAUCAAAAGCCCUUCUCGGACCAUACUCCUCAGCCGGGCCGGGCAUUCCAGUGGAGAUCGUUCUGACGUUCCCAGCCUGAGAUCUGAGUCUCCCGAGGCCUCCGAGAACCGGAGCAGCCCAGCCUCUUCCUCCUCCAGCCUCACCAGCUCUGUGGAGCCUGGGGGGCUGAGCCAGACCCCAUCCAGCCCUGAAGAAGGCCUCCAGGAGCCACCCGGCACCUCCCGCCCUGGCCUGGCGUCUGGAACCACCCCUGCUGAGUUGUAUCUCCCUGUGAAGUUCAGCUCAGAGAGCACUCGGUCCUACAGACGGGGAGGACGGAGUCUGGAAGAGAGUCCCUCUGCCCGGCAGCCUCUGUGUAGGAGGAACAUUCCGGCUGGCCUCAUGGAAGGAGACGGCUCAAAGAUCGGGGUUCUGCCGGCAAGUUCCCUGCAGCUCUUGCACGACUAGCUCCUUGCUGACCCCUCUGCAUGGCUCACACUGGACCCCAACAUUCAGAGCUGGGACUUGAGACCACGGAUCCGGGAACUCACUCACCUUCCUGCUGGGAGCCAUGACCCUGCCAAGGACGCUUAUGUGUUGGAGCUGAUGUCCUGAGCCAGGCAGCCCCAGAGUUAGAUCUGGCAAUGUCUGGGUUGGGUAAAGUUACACAACCCUCAAUACUCACUAUUUCAGGAUUGUGUUUCUCCCUACAAGGGUGGGACCCGCUCGCCAUCAUUCACGCCCAGGCGCUGUCCCGUGGCCACAUGUCCAUCUGGUGAUUUUCUUUAGUGAAGUCCAGCUUUAUGCCCAGACCUUUGCUAGGUGCUGUGGAUGCCACAAGAAUCAGACACACAUCCUGCAGGUGCGGUUCCUCAUUGGAAAGCUGGUCGCAAGAACUGACUUGGAGCGAGGAGAGCCAGAUCGCAGAGGGAUGGCUCUGAGCUCGGGGCCCGGACUGACAUCGGCUGGUCUGUCUGGUCAUUGCAGUUGUUACGGCACAGUUCUAGGUGGCCAAGGCCUGUGGUGCCCAGGCUGAAGUUCUCUGAAUGGUUCCAUCAGAGGGCAGCCUUACCCUCCCUGGGGUCUGUACUGUAAUUCCCCAGCCUAGAACUAGAAUAUGAUUCACCUGCCUUGAUUCAACAAAAAGGAAAGGGACAGUCUGAGUUGACUGAUCCGUUUCUCUCACUUUUCUCUUGAUGGGAUCAGAAGCCUGGAGGAAGUGAGGGACCAGGAACGGAGAAAGGCGUUGGGGAGAUAAGUGACUUCAAGAGUCUGCUUUCUAGGGCCAGAAAUCCCACCAUUGCCCAGCCCCAAUUACAAAGCCAGGAUAUCAGCAACCACAGACAGCUCUGCUCUAGACCCGCUUGGUGGUGGGUCCUGCAGGGGUAGGGGGGGCAAGAUGAAAGGGGGAGGCCAGAGGACACCCAGGGAAUGGCCACAGCUGUGUUCCUUGGUCCUAAAGCAGUAGGAUUGUUCCAGAGCCCCAGGUCAGCUUGUGUUCACCUCAGACUUAGUGUUUUACUGAGCUCUAAUAAACGAUUCUUGUGGGGAGGGACAAAUUCCCUCUGGGAAACUCUUGGGACUUGGGAAUCUUUCCCUGGCCCUGGUGACAGUCAUGUUGGUAAAGAAUAGUGGUCAGAGCACAACUGGGAGUUUCGCCCCGGAGACAUUUGGUAAGGCAAGGUGUUCUUCCUGGAGGGGGCAUCCCCGAGGUCAGGGUGCUGCUGAGUGUCCUCCCAUAUGUUUCUCAGUCUGUUUUGUGUUGUAACGGAACGGUGGGGGCUGGGUGCUUUCUGCAGUAAAGAGUUUUCUUUGGCUUAGGGUUCUGGUGACAGGAAAGUCCAAACAGCAUGUCAUGAACGCCCUGUAAAAGGCCCCGACUGUCACAACAUCACAGAGGAGAGAGCAAGCACAUACGUGCAGUGAUCUCAGUUUGCUUUACAGCGCCUCACUUUUGUCAGAACUCACACCCUAAAGGCAGAGCCCCUCCCAUAAUUGCCUUCCACUAGGCACCACCGCCCCUCAAAGGCUCAGCCACCCCCCUCAACAUUGCCACAACAGGAAUGAAGAAAACACACUCAAAACAUAUCCACAUGGCAAGGGUUAUCUCCACAGCCACGAAUUAGCCAAUGUCAGCAGCAGGGCUCAGAACCCGAUGCUUGAUCCUCCUGUGGUCCCUCCCGGCCACACCCCCUCUUGAUUGAUUGGUCCUGACCACACCCCUGCUUGAUUGGCCUGAGGUAAUGGAGUAUGUGAGGUGAGCCCUGGCAGAAAUGAAGCAGGUCAGUCGGCAGUGAAAGAUGGAGGAGGGGGCUGUUGGGAAAGUGCUUGCCACACAGCCUUGAGGAUUCGAGUUCAAAUCCACAGGGCUCUUGCACGAAGGUAGGCCUGCAGUGUACUCCCGAACUCUGGGCUCUGUCGAAGCAGACACCGGAGGAUCCUGGAAGCUUGCUGACCAGGUUCAGUGAGAGACCCUGUCUCAAAAUAUUAGGAGCCUCGCAACUGAGGACACCACCAAUCUCUGGCUGCCAUGUGCUCUCUCUCUCUCUCACACACACACACACAAACAAGGCAUGCUGGCACAGCAGCACACAUCUGUAAUUGGCUGAGGCAGGGGCAUAGUGGGUUAGCAUAAAAUACCUGUGAGCUGUUCCGUGGAGAGUAAAGAAUGGGGUGCUUAUCACCGAUGGAGAAACUCCUCUGGGGGUAUCAGUUCCCUGUCUGCCCCCAAAGCUCACAGAGAGAUAUGACAGCUGUGUGUCUGUUGUUGUGGGCAGAGGGGAUACAAAGGGUACCAGCAGUGCGGGCUACAUUCCAGGAGAGUACCAAUGAGGCCUCGUACUUCCUGAGAGUCCGUGUUCUAUUUGCAUAAUGAGGUCGGACUCAUUUUCUUUUUUUUAAAGAUUUAUUUAUUAUAUGUGAGUACACUGUAGCUAUCUUCAGACACACCAGAAGAGGGUGUCAGAUCUGGUUACAGAUGGUUGUGAGCCACCAUGUGGGUGCUAGGAUUUGAACUCAGGACCUUCGGAAGAGCAGUCGGUGCUCUCAAACCACUGAGCCAUUUCUCCAGCCCCGGACUCAUUUUCUUAGGGUCCUUCAAGCUUCUUUUGGCCAAGAGGCCCUCCAAGAAGCUCCACUGAAGAAAAACCUGGCUUUGGCAUCAUGGUGCUAAGGCCCCGCCCUUCCCCGCCCAUCCUCUCCAAGUCUUUACUAUAACCAUGGCCUUUUCAGUUCCUACCCCCCUGACCCCCAUCCCCUCAUCCCUGCCUCCCGCUGACAUGUCAGGGAUCCUCCCAUCUGCAAGCUUUGUACUCUGAGUGCUCCAGGACCUGGAGCACAGUAGGUGCUCAGUAAACAGAAUAACCACUCACCGCCUUAGCCGUUACUCAGAACCUCCUCCUCCCCACACCAAACUUGCACU